GCUUUGGGGUUGCCAGGGAGAGCGAGAGAGGCUGGCGGCUGACUUCCUCUUCCGGCGACUGGGGCACGAGGAUCCGGUGUCCCAACAGCGGGAAAAUGCGGCCUUUGACUGAAGAGGAGACCCGUGUCAUGUUUGAGAAGAUAGCAAAAUACAUCGGGGAGAACCUUCAGCUGCUGGUCGAUAGGCCCGACGGCACCUACUGCUUCAGGCUGCACAACGACCGGGUGUACUACGUGAGUGAAAAGAUCUUGAAGUUGGCCGCCAACAUCUCCGGUGACAAGCUGGUGUCGCUGGGGACCUGCUUCGGGAAAUUCACCAAGACCCACAAAUUCCGGUUGCACAUCACAGCUCUGGAUUACCUUGCCUCUUUUAUAUAGUACAAAGUGUGGAUAAAGCCUGGAGCAGAGCAGUCCUUCCUGUAUGGGAAUCACGUGUUAAAAUCUGGACUGGGUCGAAUCACUGAAAACACGUCUCAGUACCAGGGCGUGGUGGUGUACUCCAUGGCAGACAUCCCUUUGGGUUUUGGGGUGGCAGCAAAGUCUACACAAGACUGCAGGAAAGUAGACCCCAUGGCGAUUGUGGUAUUUCAUCAAGCAAACACUGGGGAAUACUAGUAUGUGCAACAUGAAGAGACAUUGGCUUAA